AUGAUUUAUUGUAAUUCAAAUAACAGUGUUUGCUCUAAUCAAUCUCCUCUCUAUUUUUGGAGAAAUGAUUGGUAGAGUAUAGAUUAUGAGUUUUAACAGAAUGAAAAUAUACAAAUUCCAAAUGAUACUAAUCUCUAAAUAAAGAUAACAGAAGCCAAAACUGUAGAUCCCAUUAAGAUAACCCUUUAUAAGUAUAUAAUAUAUGAAUAAUUAUUCACUAGUUAAUAGAUUCAUAAACAAAAGGAUGUAUAGAAAAUAGAAAAUAAGAGUUCUUCAAAAUUACUGAGAUUUGUUAAUCAAUCUGAAGAUAAUGUAGAAGAUGAGAGUUAACCUGAAGAAAUAACUGAGAAAAAAGAGAAUGAAUUAUAGCAAAGAACUAGAAAGAAAGUAAAUUAUAGUGUAUGAAAUUAAUUCUAAUUCAAGGUAAGUGAUUCAUUUUUAAAUGAUUCUAACAUUAAACCAUGCCAUUGUUCAAAAACAAAGUGUCUUUAGCUUUAUUGUUCAUGUUUUCAUAAUAGGAAACUUUGUUCUAUUAAAUGUAAGUGUAAAAAUUGUUUUAAUGAUGGGAACCAUAAAGUAGAAAUCGUAAAGGCAAUAUAGAAAGUCAAAUUAAAAGAAUAUAGAGUAUCAUAAUCUGAUUUAGAUUCAUUUGAUACAAGAUAAGUUUUAGGUUGUAAAUGUAAAAAAACUCAUUGCCAAAAGGGAUACUGUGAAUGUUUCAUUAGAGGAAAGAAAUGUACAUCAUAAUGCAAAUGUUGUGAAUGUCAUAAUUAGAGAAAAAAGAACUAUGUAAAAUAGAGAAUCAAAUAAAUAUGA